AUGUCCGAGGACAAUCUAAGAAAUCCAUUUGUGGUCUUUUGUAAAAAGUGCAAUAAAAUAUUGACAGAUUCUUUCACCCUCAACGACUAUAGAAAUGGGUAUUUGGUACACAGCUUUAGCACAGUAAAGGAGGAAUCAAGGAUUGAGGUGGGCAAGGAUAUAUUUCAGAACUGUCUAAUUCAGAAGAUAGCAUGUGCAUGUGGCAAUGACACUGGAGUGUUUCUAGCAUCAGUGAGUGGAGAAUUCAAUGGUCAUGCCAACUGCUAUGCAUUUGAUAAGAAUCAGGUCAAUUCAUAUGUGCUGGGAAGUGCGGUGAGUAAGGAGAAGGGAUUGUCUGAGGUGAUGGAGGAUGUGGAAAAGUUGAAGAGCGUGGUGGCAAAGAUUUACAAAAAGGUAUACCAAUAA